AGCUAGUAAAAAUGAUUGUCGGGAGGAGAGCUUCAGAGCGAACGUUGGGCGGAAAAUAUGACCAUGGGAAACAGGUAAUAAAGUAAGGUGCACUUAGCGAGAAGGUGCGACAGUGGGACUCCGCCUACCAAAUUAACUGGCGAGUUAAUAAGCCAAGGCUCAUUAGUCAAAGAGCAAACCCAUCAAACGAUUCUUGAUUGACAGAGCAGCCGGUCGUGUUGAUCCAAACACACACUGUGCGAUUAAAAACAAAUCAGUUCAAAUUAGCGCUACAUUGAGAGGAACAGAUCAUGAGGGCCCACGUUAUCUUGCUGCUGCUGGCGCUUUCCGCAGUAUCCAUGUACGCCAGGCCCGCGCGUGCUCAAGCAAGGAGGAGCAUCAUCAGAGAUAUUUCAAGAUUGGAAACUGUGAUCAAAGAAAUCCGGAAAAUCGAAAACGGCAAUCGAGAUUCAGAAGGAGAAAAUCCGGGAGAUGAAGAAAAUUCAUGUGAGGAAGAAAAUUCAUCAGAUGAAGACAAAUCAGGGGACGAUGACAAUUCAGAAGAAAAUAAAUCUUCAGGAGAAGAAUGUUCAAGGGAAGACAAUAAAUGUGAAGACGACAAAUCAGGGGACGACGAAAAUUCAGGGGACGACGAAAAUUCAGGAGACGACAAAUCAGGGGACGACGAAAAUUCAGGAGACGACGAAAAUUCAGGAGACGACAAAAAUUCAGGAGACGACGAUGAAUCAGGGGACGACGAAUAUUCAGGGGACGACGAAUAUUCAGGGGACGACGAAAACUCAGGAGAUGACAAAAACUCAAGCGAAGACAAAAACUCAAGCGAAGACAAAAACUCAAGGGAAGACAAAAACUCAAGGGAAGACAAAAAUUCAGAAGAUGACAAAAAUUCAAGGGAAGACAAUAAAUGUGAAGACGACGAAAACUCUGUUUAG